UGCGCAGUGCUUAACGGAGCAGGGACGCAGCUCGGGCUGUGACAGUGGGGCUUAUUUGAGAGUGCAUGAACCUGUGGCUAUAGCGGAUGUGUGCAGCGUGAAAGCGAUGCGUUAUAACAAGACAUAAACGCUUCAAACCGCACUGCGGAAGGGAAGGAAAAGAGAUGUGAGCUGUCGUCAUUCGGAAUAACAACGCAGGAGAUGUCGGAGGGCGGAUUUGUACGGGAUUGACUCGGUUUUUUCAGCCCGACUUCAGGGCUUUAAUGAGUGUCCAAAGUGAGAGGAGCCUCUCUGGAAGUUUGGACGCAGCGCCAUCUUUGGUCCCAGUUCUCCAUCUGAGACCCCGGGCCUGUCUUUAACCACAAACAUCUCGGAUCUGACACGCAGGAUGGAGGAGCUGCAGUCUCUGGACCCACGCAGACAAGAGCUGCUCGAGGCUCGGUUCAUGGGGGCAGUAAGUGGCAGCACUGGGGGCAGCACAGGCAGCGCCAGCGGAGGAGCCAAGGGCUUAAUCAAUAAUGAAUGCUCCAACCACAGUUUUGGCAGUCUGGGAUCAUCAAGUGACAAGGAGUCUGAGAACUCCGACCUGAAGAGAGGAGGCUCUCCGGCAUAUUCUACACCUGAGAAGAAGCACUCUGAGACGACCAGGAGGAAGAGAAAAGCUGACAACCAAUCCGAGAGCAACCAAGGGAAGUCUUCUGGCCGAGGAGCAAAGAUCAGCGAUUACUUCGAUUUUCAGGCAGGAAACGGCUCCAGCCCCGUUAGAGGAAUGCCACCUGGUCUUCGCGCCCCUCACGGCUCUCAUUCUGCCCCUGGUUCCAUCGUCCGACAGAACAGUUCCUCGCCCACCAGCCUGUGUUUCACAGAUCACAUGAUGCAGCCGAAGCAGCUCAGUAUCAGAAGUGUUCAGACCGAUCUGACUCUGUUGAAGCUUGCUGCCCUGGAGAGCAAUAAGAAUCUGGAUCUGGAGAAAAAGGAGGGCAGAAUAGAUGAUCUGCUCAGGGCUAACUGUGACCUGCGGAGACAGAUCGAGGAACAACAGAAGCUGCUGGAAAGAUAUAAAGAGCGUCUGAACAAGUGCACCACCAUGAGCAAAAAACUGCUCAUUGAGAAGAGCACUCAGGAGAAGCAGUCGUGUCGGGAGAAGAGCAUGCAGGAUCGCCUGCGUCUCGGACACUUCACUACGGUACGACACGGAGCGUCCUACACGGAGCAGUGGACCGACGGAUACGCUUUCCAGAACCUGGUCAAGCAGCAGGAGUGGGUGAACCAGCAGAGGGAAGAUAUUGAAAGGCAGCGGAAGCUUCUUGCAAAGCGCAAACCUCCCAACACAGCACCGUCUCAGAGCCCAGCGCCUUACAACGAGUCCAAACCCAGAAAGACCAAAGCCGUGAACGGAGCGGACAGCGACCCCUUUGUCAAACCCAGCCUACCUACACUGUUGACUUUAGCAGAGUAUCACGAACAGGAAGAAAUCUUCAAACUGCGACUGGGCCAUCUGAAAAAGGAGGAGGCGGAGAUACAGGCUGAGCUAGAGCGUUUGGAGCGAGUGAGGAAUCUUCACAUCCGUGAGCUGAAGAGGAUCAGUAACGAGGACAGCUCCUCGUUUAAAGAUCACCCCACGCUCAAUGACCGAUACCUGCUCCUGCACCUGCUGGGCAGAGGAGGAUUCAGUGAGGUUUAUAAGGCCUUUGACCUGUUCGAGCAACGUUAUGCAGCAGUGAAGAUCCACCAACUCAAUAAGAACUGGAGAGAGGAGAAGAAGGAGAACUAUCACAAACAUGCAUGUAGAGAAUAUCGAAUCCACAAGCAGCUGGACCAUCCCAGAAUAGUCAAACUGUACGACUACUUCUCCCUGGACACGGACACGUUCUGUACGGUGUUGGAGUUCUGUGAGGGGAACGAUUUGGACUUCUAUUUGAAGCAGCACAAGUUGAUGACUGAGAAAGAAGCUCGUUCAAUCGUCAUGCAGAUCGCCAACGCUCUCCGAUACCUCAACGAGAUCAAACCGCCAAUCAUUCACUACGACCUCAAACCAGGAAACAUCCUGCUGGUAGACGGUACUGCGUGUGGUGAGAUCAAGAUCACUGACUUCGGUCUGUCGAAGAUCAUGGACGAUGAUAACUACGGUGUGGACGGUAUGGACCUUACCUCGCAGGGAGCAGGGACCUACUGGUAUUUACCGCCGGAGUGUUUUGUAGUCGGAAAAGAGCCGCCAAAGAUCUCAAAUAAAGUGGACGUCUGGUCUGUGGGCGUCAUCUUCUUCCAGUGUCUGUAUGGACGCAAGCCGUUUGGCCACAACCAGUCUCAGCAGGACAUACUCCAGGAGAACACCAUCCUCAAAGCCACUGAAGUCCAGUUCCCUCCCAAACCUGUGGUCAGCAAUGAAGCCAAGGCGUUUAUCCGGCGCUGCCUGGCUUACAGAAAGGAGGACCGUUACGAUGUGCACCAGCUCUGUAGCGACUCGUACCUGCUCCCUCACAUCCGACGAGCCAAUUCAUCCGGGAAUCUGCAGGCCACGCCCACUAGCCCCGCCUCCUCCUCGAUCAUCUCUUACUGAUCUGUACAGCUUGAAAAGUGAUUGACUUUUUGUUUUUGUUUUAAGCGACUGCCCUUGUGUGUAGGUGAAAGUGGGAGGAGUUUACUAGUCAGGAGGUGGGCUUAAAGACACAUGGCAACAGUUGCCAUGGCAAAAGUGCACUUGAUGGGAUGUUGGGCACAGGUGGAAGAUGAGGAAAAAAAAAACUUGAAUACUAAUGUCACAAGGUGGCUGGGUUAUACACAAGUGUACAGGAGAGUGUGUGUGUGCGUGCGUGUGUGUGAUGGGGAGGGCAUUACACUCACAACCUUCAGUUAUUACUUUCUCUUAUCCCCUGCCGUGUGUGUGUUUGUGUAUCAAAUGCUGUUGGGAAUGUGUGUGAGAGCGAGCAGGUUCAGGGUAAACUUGAUUUCUUCAAAUAGAUAUUUCCUGAUCUACAUUUUUUUGUAACCAGUUUUUGACCCCUGAUGUCAUCAGCGUGCAUCAAAGUUCAUCAUUCACUGUUUCCCACUUCACUAUCUAACGGUGCACUAAUUUCAGGGUCUAAUGUAUAGAGCGCACAACGAUCAUGACGACGACUCCGUGUAGUCUACAGGCCAUGAAGUACCCAUAAUGCACUGCGUUGUAUUUGUUUGAUUGGUUCACACUUUCCCUGAGGGAUACAGCGAGUUACUAUGGAAACGUCUCUAAUGUCGAAUGCACGUGUAUUGAAGGAUUUCUGAGUCUUUUGUGGAGUUUCUCACCGCAGAAGCACAGGCCCGCGGGGGGGGCGGAGCCGAAUCUGAUCCGUCUGUUCGGAGAUCUGAUCCUAACCUACACAACACGUUAAACACACGUAUACUGCCUGAAACACACUCCACUCCCGGGGUUUUGACUCCACCAGGGGUAGUAGGAGCUGGAUCAGGUCCGACUCCACCCCACGGACCUACCCUGUGUCAGGCCGUGAGGAAUUCAGUCGUUUCAGUUCACUAUCUUGGUGCUGUCUGUAGGGUAAGAAAUCGUGAUUACGGAGCCAUUUCACACAGUGGAAGUGAAGUAUUGUAGUCUGAGCUGCCUCAAGUUAACCGAGCCAAAUCAUAAAACACUGAUUCAGGUCAUAACAAAUAAAAUCAGGACUUUCUUCCCCCUUCUCAAAGCGCUUGGCUAGGUUUAAACGAUCAAAUAUGUCCGGUCAGUAUUUUAUUUUGGUGUCAACUAAAUUCUUUUGUUCUUUGUUAUAUCGCAGUGUUUUCACAGUAAGACAGCAGGAACACGCUCAAAAUCAGUCACACAAAUUAAAACCCAUAACCUAUAAAUAAUAAAGGUGUUAGAACGAGGCCGAGUCUUACCAAAGCCGGUCUUAUAGAGUUUGGUCCAGUUUUCUAGCACGUAAACAAUACAGGUUUUGUGGUGUCUGAGUUUUCGGAUUCUACACUCAUAAGCUUCUCGUUCUUCUGAUUUAUCAGCGGAGUUUCAGGUUUUUCUUCUAACUAGCAUAAUGAAGUUGAUCAUUAAUAAUGUACAAAGCAUGUUUCAGACACAACUCAUUUGCAUACGGCGACGCCCACACAAUCCAUAAAAGGUGAACGGCACAGACGUCUAGAUGCACAAAUAGAAGUCUGAGCAAAGGCUGAAGGGAAGAAAUAGAAGUUAUUUCGAUUCGCUGUCGUGCCAAAAAAAAAGGACAUUUAUUUACUUCCUCCGUUUAUAUCACAUUAUUUCUUUGGUCAUAUUUGAAUAGGUUUUCUUUAUCUUUAUAAUGUAUAGGCUUGUUAUUGUUGUUGUUAUCCUUUAAUUAAUGGCAAUAAUAUUAAACAGCUGUUUUUUUUUCCCCCAGAUGUUUCAGACCGUACUCUUAGACUCUGACCUUGUGAACUAGUGUAAAGGUGUUUUUGAUAGACUCUAAAACUCUUCUGUAAGUCACUGGAUUAACGUAAUAAAAAGAAGCGAUUUAGAACUCGACAGUAAUCCAUACACAAAUGGUUUAUAUAUUUUUUUAUUAUAGGUCUUCGUAGAUGCGGCCUUUAGACCAGAGUUUAGAAUAAACGUGUUUAUUUUCUGUUAAUUUCAGCCCAUAGUAAACACAGGAACUGAAUAAUGUUGGGAUUAUUUGAUCAGCUCUGUGAAUUGAUGUGUGGGAGGAGCCACAUGCACAUGCUGAUGACAUCAGACGGCAGCGAUUGGUUAAAAUGAAUGUCACACAAGGGUCAUGUUUUAUAACUAAUCAAUGGUGUUCACAGCAGGUCCAGGAUUUGUGUUGGACCGUCUCUCACUGCUCCUGAAGCAAUGUUCACGUUGCUGCUACUCAGUGUUGCUUUUUAGUUUUCAGUUAGGCUUCUGUUUUUUUUGUGUGUGUGUACUGUAAAAUUAACAAGAGAUGUCAUAUAUGGAAAGUUUAUUUGCCAGGAAAUUCGCAGCAUGUUGAUACAAUACUUUUUGUCAGGUGUGUGAGAUGUGUGUGAGGUGCGUGUGUGUGUGUGUGUAACAACUUAAGCUAACUAACGGAAGGUGGCCCUGACUUCACCCUUGAAUUGCUGAGCGAUCAGCUGAUCAAGUCGCCGGAGUCAGCAUCGCUCGGUCAGCUUUCUUCUCCCCUUUUUCUCUCUCUCUCUCUCAGCCCCUGUCUGUGAUCUGUCUCUAAAAAUGCUGCUGCCGUUGUAGGGAAUGUAGCCAAAAGAGAAAUAAAAAUUCCUAAAGCUAUUUUAA